CUCGUUAAAGACUCUUAUUUUGAAAGUGCAAUGGUACGCAUGCGCAGUUUGUGUUGUGCAAAGCGCCAUGUUCCAGUUUCAGCAUGUUUCCGUAUCAUCCCUGCUGUCUGUCACUGUGUAUGAUCUGACUUUAACUGUAAAGGAGCAGUCAUGAGCCCCAGCCCCAGCCAGGGCUCCCCUGUACCCCUGUCCCUCACCGGCAGCCUGCAGAGACUCUUAAGUCAUGUGAAGAUCGAGAAUUUAAUAGCAGGGCUCAGUGGAGGAGUGGUGUCCACACUGGUGCUGCACCCUCUGGAUCUGGUCAAAAUUAGGUUUGCAGUGAGUGACGGGCUGGACGUGAGACCGAAAUACAGUGGAAUUCUGCACUGCAUGAAAAGCGUCUGGCAGCAGGAGGGUCUCCGGGGCCUUUAUCAAGGUGUCACCCCAAAUAUCUGGGGUGCUGGAGCAUCAUGGGGGCUUUACUUUUUCUUUUACAAUGCAAUCAAAGCGUACAAUAAAGAGGGCAGACAGACAGAGUUGAGUGCCACUGAACAUCUACUGUCAGCAGCUGGAGCAGGGGUGAUGACGCUUUGCCUGACCAAUCCGAUCUGGGUCACCAAAACUCGCCUGGUUCUGCAGUACAGCACCGAUGCAUCUAAGAAGCAAUACAAGGGGAUGAUGGAUGCUCUUGUGAAAAUCUACCGCCAUGAAGGGAUCGCAGGACUCUAUCGGGGGUUUGUCCCGGGAUUGUUUGGAACCUCCCAUGGUGCACUGCAGUUCAUGGCGUAUGAAGAGCUGAAGAGAGAUUAUAACAAAUACAAAAAGAUGCAAUCAGAUGCUAAACUGAAUGCAUUAGAAUACAUUACCAUGGCAGCUUUGUCCAAAAUAUUCGCAGUGGCUACGACAUACCCGUAUCAGGUGGUCCGAGCCCGUCUGCAGGAUCAGCACAACACGUAUGAUGGAGUGGUAGAUGUCGUCCGGAGAACGUUUAGAAACGAGGGCCUGUUGGGUUUCUACAAAGGCAUGGUGCCCAACCUGAUCCGGGUCACUCCGGCCUGCUGCAUUACCUUUGUGGUCUAUGAGAAUGUUUCCCGCUUCCUCCUGGACCAGCACAAGUGAACUGAGAUCAGGAAUAAGUGCAGCGGAGCUGUCCUGCGGGGAGCAGAGCUAGGCCUGGGAUGGGUCGUCCCGUCCCGUCAGUGACAGUGUUUGACGCCAAUGGAGGAGUCAGAAAUGUGAAUGGGGAGAAAUAAAACAUCCCGGUCCUCUCUGGAAAACUGAAAUGCAUGAGGUUACCGAGUUCAAAGUGUCUGACAGAGUCACUGGUCAAGAAACCGAUACUCGUUUGGUUUUGCUAGAACAUUGGUGACAUUAUAUUGAAUAUGGACAUGAGGGAUAUAUUAUGUGACAAUUUUUAAAGUGGCUGUUAAUUAUAUUCACAUGCAGGCUGUUUAUUUUAGUUUGUUUUGUCUAAUUAAAAAUUGUACAAAUCAAACAAGGAUUUAACUUUCUAUCAUGAUCUAAAGAUGAAUUAUGUAACUAGGGCUGGGCAAUAUAUGAAAUAUCCAUAUUUGUGAAUAAUUCACUGGUAAUAUAAGAUUAAGCAACAUUGUGAAUAUCAUAACAGUUUUAAUGUGCUUUUUAUCUUAAGUUUCACAAUUCAAAACAACAAUUUUUUCAUCCCUCUGUGUGUUUGAAUGAAUUUUUGAAAUGUUUUUGAAAGAAGUCCCUUAUGCUCACCAAGGCUGCUUUAUUUGAUUAAAAAUACUGAAAAUUGUGGAAUAUUAUUACAAUUUAAAAUGAGUGUUUAUUAUUUGAAUAUAUUUUCAAAUGUAAUUUAUUUCUAUGAUGAAAAGCAGAUUUUUGAGCACCAUUACUCCAGUCUUCAGUGUCACAUGAUCCUUCAGAAAUCAUUCUAAUAUGCUGAUUUGCUGCUGAAGAGACAUUAAUUGUUAUCAAUGUUGAAAAGACUUGUGCUGAUAGUUUUGUUUUUCAGGAUCCUUUGAUGAAUGGAAAGUUCCAAAGAACAGCAUUUAUUGACAUAGAAAUAUACUGUAACAUUAUAAAUGUCUUUAAAACUGUUUUAUGUAUGUAAGUCUAGUUCAUGUUUACAUCCAUGUUGCAUUGCUGCUGUGUCCUGUGCAAUGGCCAAACCAAACCUCAGGCUUUAUUCGUCCAAUCACAAGCGCGCACAGAUUUACUGAAUCUGACAUUUCAGGCUCAUUGCUGACAUUUGUGUUAAUGAGCUCAAAUUUAUGGCCUUAAAAUUUGUUAUGCUCAUAGGUUAAUAACCGAUGCUCUUUGAAGAAUAUGUACCCAAGUUCGGAGUUCUUUAAAAAAAACUUUAUUGACAUUUAAAAAUUAGCCAAUAAAAUGUAUUCAGAGUUUUUACAGUACCUGUCCAGACUCGAAUUGUUAAGCAUAAUAACUUUUGACACAAAAUAGACACAAACUUAGUUUUAAGAGUCUGUCACUACAGUACAAGGUUAUGUGAUUGUUUCAGCCCUUGUUUGUAGAGGUAGACAUCAAGAGAGAGCAGUUAAACUGAAAUAUACUUCAACGUCACAAAAUAUCAAACCAAGUGACAUCUGCAAACAAAUGCUGCAGAAGCACUUAGAAAUAAAUCAAGGUUAGAAAGAAGUAAAGGUUCCAAAAGUUUUUUUUUUCUUUCUUUCUGCAAUGCUACAGAACAGUUUUUGGCUCCCCAAAGAACCUUUUAGUGAAUGGUUCUUAAAAGCAUUUUUUUUUCUCUUAAUUUAAAGAACAUUUUAAUAAUAUACAGAACCAUUUGUCCACUCUUAGAAAUAAAGGGUCUUUUUUGGCGUUGAUGGUUCCAUUCCAAAAAAGGUUCUUUAGAUCAGCGGUGUUCAAUUAAAUUUCCAAGAGGUCCAGUCCCGACAUUUCCUUUUCAGUGGAGGCCAGGACAGUACCUUUUUUGGAAUAGUUAUACAUUUCCAUCGGGCAGCAGUCGUCCUUUGAAAAAAAAAAUUAAAAUAAUAAUAAUAAACUGUCAAAAUAGUCAUCAAUGAUUAAGUAUCGGUAAUUCAAGGAUUUUUAUACCAAAAGAAAAAAAAAAUCAUCAGCCCAAUUGGAUAUGAAUAUUAAAAAUUAUACUAUUAUGAAAUGCUCUAAACAAGCUUAAUAAUGCUAUAUAUAAAAAAAGGGGGAAAAAAAGGUCUUGACAAAAAAAAAAACUUGUUUACCUGAAUGGUCGGAGUCAUGUAUGUAUAACAGAUCAAAAUUUGUGCCGGGCAACGAUUAAUCGCAUCCAAAAUAAAA